AGAGGAAGAUGACCAGUGGGUGGAGGAACAGAAACUGGAGGGCCACAGCGACUGGGUGCGAGAUGUGGCAUGGGCGCCAUCUAUAGGCCUGCCGAAAAGCGUUAUUGCCAGUUGUUCUCAGGACUGUCGUGUGAUAAUAUGGACAAAUGAUGGAACAAGCAGCGCCUGGUCAUCAAAAACGUUGCACAAAUUUAACGACGUUAUUUGGCACGUGAGCUGGUCUAUUACAGGGAACAUACUGGCUGUGUCUGGAGGAGAUAAUAAGGUGAGCCUGUGGAAAGAGUCCCUGGAGGGCCAGUGGGCAUGUAUAAGUGAUGUCAACAAAGGUCAAGGUCAGGUCACAGAGGCAGAACCUCAGGCUGCAUAAACAUCAGGAGAACUGGCAU